AAUUUUAUGAUUAUCAAAAAAUUGCAAGAAAAAGUGUUCACAAAUAAAGACAAAAAUAAUUUUUAAGGACUAACUCCCUCUUAUAAAUAGAGAUAUGAUUAACAUGAUAAAAUAAGAGGAGAAAAAUUUAAAAAACCAAAACAAUUCUCAACACAAUUUCCAUAAAUUAAAAAGGAUGAUACAUUAUUUGAGUUCAGAAUUUUUCAUCAUGUUUAAAAUAUGAAGAGUGCUCAUUUCUAAUCAAAGUACACAUUAUCUAUGGGAAGUAUUCCUAAUUUAAUAUUACAUACAUACUUUGAUCAAAUAGUAUUCUAUGAUUUAGCUAAAUUUAAAUCAGAAUCAACAAAAAUAUCACUUGAAGCAAUAGGAUUAGAUGUUAUUGAUCAUAUUUGUGCUGUUGCUGGAAUGAAUGGAGAUCUUUUAAUGAUAAAUUUAUUUGAUGGUAAGAUGGAAAAAUAAAUAAUAAAUUAGAGAAGACAUUUUAUAAAUCAUGUUUAAUUUUAUUAAAACUAUUUGAUUUCAAAUGAUAAUGGAGGAAACAUAAAGAUAUUUGAUUAUCAAAAUGGAUUUAAAGAGAUAUUUUCAUAUUAAGAUAGAGCCUCAGUUAAUUUAACUAGUGUUAAUAUAAAUAAAUAAAUUGCUUUUUGUGGUGAUCGACUUGGUUUAAGUGUUUUAGAUGUUAUUUCAGGUGAUAUUGUACAUAAUUUGAAUCCACAUACUGAAUUUGGUUUUGCUGUGGCAUUUAAUCCAUGUAAAAAUUAUGAACUUGCUUCAUCAAGUGAGGAUGGAUCAUGUGUUAUAUAUGAUUUACGUUCACCAAAACAUCCAAUUUAAUAGUUUGUAGGAUCAGAUUUACCAAUUUAUAAUAUUACAUAUUAAAGAGAUGGAUCACAUUUAUUUAUUGCAGAAGCUAAUUCUUAUUUCCAUAUCUUGAACACGUAAAAUAUUUAUUAAAUUUCUUAGUUCUUUAUAUGAUACUGUUUAAAGCAUCAAGGUAUAUGGAGAGGUUUCAGGAAUUGUUAAUGAUUAAUAUAAUGAAAAUAAAAUCUAUUUUAGUACAAGUUGUUCAUCUGGAGAUGGUAUAUGUGAAUUUGUUAGAUGA